GCCGAGGGGUUGGAGGUGGGGUCCCAGGAGGACCUCGGGCUGUGGGCCGGGGGAGCGGAGUCUGGGAGUUGGGCGGGGGAGCGAGGUGGCGCCGAGGAGCGAGGUGGCGCCGGGGAGCCAGGGAUAUGGCGCGGCUAGACGAUGAGGAGGGGGCGACGGUGGCGCCCGGACACCCGCUCGCGAAAGGAUACCUCCCGUUGCCGAGGGGCGCGCCCGUUGGGAAGGAGAGCGUGGAGCCGCAGAACGGGCCCAAAGCGGGCACCUUCCUGGUGAAUGGGGCCCCCCGGGACAGCCUCGCUGCCGCCUCGGGAGUUCUGGGCGGGCCUCAGACUCCACUGGCCCCAGAAGAGGAGACCCAGGCCCGGCUGCUGCCUGCGGGCGCGGGAGCCGAGACCCCGGGGGCCGAGAGCACCCCGCUGCCCCGGACGGCGCUCUCCCCGCGGCGCUUCGUGGUGCUUCUGAUCUUUAGCCUGUACUCGCUGGUAAACGCCUUUCAGUGGAUCCAGUACAGCAUCAUUAGCAACGUCUUCGAAGGCUUCUACGGUGUCACCUUGCUGCACAUCGACUGGCUGUCCAUGGUGUACAUGCUGGCCUACGUGCCCCUCAUCUUCCCGGCCACCUGGCUGCUGGACACCAGAGGCCUGCGGCUCACCGCCCUGCUGGGCUCCGGCCUCAACUGCCUGGGUGCCUGGAUCAAGUGCGGCAGUGUGCAGCAGCAUCUCUUCUGGGUCACCAUGUUGGGCCAGUGCCUGUGCUCGGUGGCCCAGGUGUUCAUCCUGGGCUUGCCCUCCCGCAUCGCCUCAGUAUGGUUUGGGCCCAAAGAGGUGUCCACAGCUUGUGCCACCGCGGUGCUGGGCAAUCAGCUUGGAACUGCAGUUGGCUUUUUGCUACCACCAGUUUUAGUACCCAACACACAGAAUGACACAAAUCUCCUGGCUUGUAAUAUCAGCACCAUGUUUUAUGGAACAUCAGCUGUUGCCACACUUUUAUUUAUUUUAACAGCAAUUGCCUUCAAAGAAAAACCUCGGUAUCCACCAAGUCAGGCUCAAGCAGCUCUUCAAGACAGUCCCCCUGAAGGGUACUCCUAUAAGAAAUCAGUAAGAAACCUGUUUAAAAACAUUCCUUUUGUCCUUCUGUUGAUCACUUACGGUAUCAUGACUGGUGCCUUUUAUUCAGUCUCAACGUUAUUAAAUCAAAUGAUAUUGACACAUUAUGAGGGAGAAGAAGUCAAUGCUGGAAGGAUUGGGCUAACGCUAGUAGUAGCUGGAAUGGUGGGCUCUAUUCUUUGUGGCUUAUGGCUGGAUUAUACUAAAACAUACAAACAGACUACUCUGAUAGUUUAUAUUUUGUCUUUUAUUGGAAUGGUUAUCUUUACUUUCACAUUGAACCUUGGAUACAUUAUCAUCGUGUUUGUUACUGGAGGGGUGCUUGGCUUCUUCAUGACUGGUUACCUCCCUUUGGGUUUUGAAUUUGCUGUUGAAAUCACUUACCCUGAAUCUGAAGGUACUUCAUCUGGUCUUCUUAAUGCUUCUGCACAGAUAUUUGGAAUUUUGUUCACAUUGGCUCAAGGAAAGCUCACAUCAGACUAUGAUUCUAAGGCAGGAAACAUUUUUCUCUGUGUCUGGAUGUUUAUAGGCAUCAUUUUAACAGCAUUAAUCAAGUCUGAUCUGCGAAGACACAACAUAAAUAUAGGAAUUACAAAUGUUGAUGUUAAAGCUGUACCAGCUGACAGUCCCACAGACCAAGAACCAAAAACGGUUAUGUUGUCCAAGCAGUCAGAAUCAGCAAUUUGAAGAGAAAGGAAAAGUUACUGUCCUGUAGUAAUUGGGUACAAUGUGAUCAUCCUUGGAGAGAGAUGUGAGCACCAAGGCUGGGUUUGUAUGUGGUGGGGGAAUAGACACACUUACUUGAAAAUUGCCAUAUGAACUCUAAAUGCAUAAUUACUAUUUUGCUUAAUUGUUAAUUUACGGGAAAUUUUCUUAAAAUUCUUCUGUUUACAUCAUGUUAACACUACUAUUUAUCUAAUUAGUAUCCGGUUUUUAGUCUUAUAUUGUAUCUGAAAGUAAGCUUCUUGACAUUUACUUUUUAGAAGUCGAUGUUUUUCUUUUUUGUAGAAAAUGGAAGCUUAGAAAACUUUUUAAAGUGAUAAUAUGGGGUGUUCAGUCCCCAUGAGAUAUAAUAGUUCAUGCAGUUUAUAUAUUAAAAUAUCCAGUGGAACUAAAUGUACAAUAUAUUCCUAAUUGGCUGCUUUUUCACUGUGCUGACCAGCUGUUCAAGCCACUUCAGUAUGAGUACAACAUACCAACAUGACACUACUCACCCACAAAGGACAGCAUUGGGAUCAGGCUUUCAGAUGACCUCUAAGAUUUUUCCCAUUUAUUAUGCUCUUGUUACAAAGUACUUUUUAACACAGGCAGUCAAUAACUACAAAAACUAUUCUGUGUACAGAUUCUACCCCGACUUUGGUCUUAGAAUUAUGUUCUAAUUAAGGAGCCUGGUUAAAGGUUCAUUCUAUCUUGAGUUCUUUUCUGCGCUGCCUUCCUAUCAUGGAUAAAUGCUAACACUGUAUUUUUUUCACUCCAACUUGAGAUAGAGUAGUUUUGUACCCAUCGCCUUUUUUUCUUUUAAACUCUCUUUCUUUUUUUUCUUUCCUGAUGUAUAACUUUCUAGUAAGACAAUUUCAUCAUAUAUGUUACUGGCUAUUUCAUGUAUCACAUCCUAUAUUUUGCCUUGAAGAUUCCUGAAAUAAGGAAAUCUGUAAUAACUUCAGAUAGCCUACAUGUCCCCAUUUAGUGGAGACCUCUUGAGUGCUGUUUGAAUUCUGCAAUAUCAUUUUUAUGACCAUUCUCCUUUGAGGAAUACUAUGCCCAGGUACAUGCUCCAUCAGUGUGCCGGGAGAGUGAAUUCUUUUCUUCACUGCAGAGUCAUCACACUGUUGGAACAGUCUGCUCUUUUACAUGCUCAGGUAGGGAAAAUAAGACCAAAUAUAUUUCCACAGUGCCUACCACUGUGUCAUGUUUACAGUGAGAGUUUAAAUAUUGUUGAUGUCCUGACUCUCUGAGCUCAUAGGGAGUAUCUUCAUAGUAAUGACAUUUGAUCAGCCAUAAAAUUUACAUUAUGUUCAUAUGCACCCAAAAAAGCUAGUCAGGUAAUGAAUACCCUUGAAGUGAAUAGCAAUUUUGAUUUAGGCAGUGUGUUAGGCCAUCCUUGCAUUGCUAUAAAGAAAUAUUUAGGCCAGGCACGGUGGCUUAUGCCUGUAAUCCCAGCACUUUGGGAGGCUGAAGCGUGUGGAUCACCUGAGGUCAGGAGUUCAAGACCAGCCUCGCCAACAUGGUAAAACCCCAUCUCUACUAAAA